UUAGCUCUUUUUGCUGAUUUCUGCUUUCAGGGAGCUGCUCUGAAGUACCUGCCUUCGAUUCUGGAGGAUGUGUUUGGGAUCUUCGACUCCUCUGUGCUGGGGUGCUUGCUGCGGGAUUUCAUUGGGAACCUGCCCCCUCUGCGCCUGCUCAAGCAGAAGCUGCAGUCCCUGACGGACAUAGUCAACAGCAAGAUCUUCCAGUCCUAUGAGUGUCGAGAGAUGCUGCUGCAUACUACAAUCCCCAUCCUCCAGGAGCUGAUUGUGAAGGGAGAGGAGGAGGAGGCUUGCAUUGAGCUGCUCAGCAAUAUCCUGGAGGUGCUGUACGAAGCCCAGAAGAGAGCAGAAGAGCGGCUGACACAUCAGAGUGGAGAAGAGAGACAGCACGGGGAGGACUCUGAGCUGAUAAAGCACAAGAUGGGGUUUUAG